AUGACACAAUGCGAUCCAGACGAGAGGCUCAUAUACUUGGCCUGCCAGCAUAUCUUUCGAGGCGCCAAUUCUCAGGUCCGAAAACUGAAGACGGUCAAGGCAUUAAUCAAACAACAUGAAAUUGCUCUCACCGAUAUCCUACGAGAACAUGAUAUUAAUCGCACUAGCACCGUGGCGAAGAAGCUUCUGGAGAAAGAAGUCUUUGACUCGACCUUGAAAGCGAAAAUCCGAUUUCCAGAGUUAUUCGACGUGUCGCCAACCCAGAGUGCUGAGAGAGAAGCCUCAGAGGAAGAAGCCGCGCGGGAUGAGGCCAGCACGGUGCGGGAAAUCUCUGACAGGGAGGCUUCAAAAGAGACCGCCAUCAUUCCACACACCGAAUCCAACGGUGAAGGAAGAUUGGGCGAUAGUCACCUUAUGCCGGCGAUCGUUCCAGAGAAGGGUACCGGUUCUGCUCUAGGCGUGCAAUCGCUCUAUCCCGUUUAUAUUCACUAUCGGUGUCAGCACCUCGUUUUGACGACUAUACAAGAGUUACUUGAAGAGAGCUGCUUCGCGUUCGCUCAGCAACAUCUCCCUCAACUUUUGACACGGAAAGGAUGGGACUGUCCGGAGGCGGUCGAACUGACCGAGUGGACCAAGAUACUCUCUUGCCAGUCGACGCCGCUGGCCAGCGCUCUCAAAGCCCCACUUAGUGACUUUAUUGGCCUCCUCCGAGAACUCCGCCAUUCUGCUGUGCACCGCCUUCGCAAAACUGCCGCGGGCGUGGAACGGCUUGCUGAGAAUGCACAGCUUUUCCUGGAAGCCCUGGAAGACCUGACGCGGUCAGAAAAGGUGGGGAGUCUACGACGGGAGCUGCGAUCCGCGAUUGAAGAGCUCCAGCGCAAUAAGAAUCUUUUGGAAAAGCGACUGCUUGAUCAACUCAAGGAGAUAAAAAGGCGUCGUAGUGAGUUGGACGUUUGGGAAAAGAAUGCGAAGGAAGCUAUGAUUCGAGACGACUUGGAAUGUUCGAGGGAUAUUGGGGAAGGGCUGGAAACCAUCGUUCGGCGAAGCAGAUUGAAAGAUCAGAUGGGAGCGGACGAGCGAAAGUUGCCGGAUGUGUAUUCGGAGUCUUUGGACUCUGAAGAGGAAUUUCUGGAUGCGACGUUGUAA